GCUGAAGCGGCGGCGGCGGCCCCGCCCCGGGGCUCCAUUGUUGAGGCUGCCGCGGCUCUGUCGGCUGCUCAGCUGCGCUCCAGUCGGCCCAGGCGCAGCGGCGAGGAGCGAGCACUGCGAGGCAGCGGCCUGAGCAAUGGAAGAGUUAAUAGUUGAACUUCGUCUCUUUCUUGAACUCCUGGACCAUGAAUAUCUAACCUCGACUGUCAGGGAGAAAAAGGCAGUGAUAACCAACAUUCUGCUGAGGAUACAGUCAUCCAAAGGUUUCGAUGUGAAAGACCAUGCUCAGAAGCAGGAGACCGCUAGCAGCCUGCCGGCCCCUCCUCAGAUGCCCCUGCCGGAGAUCCCUCAGCCCUGGCUGCCUCCUGACAGUGGGCCUCCACCAUUGCCAACGUCCUCCCUCCCAGAAGGUUAUUAUGAGGAAGCUGUGCCGCUGAGCCCCGGAAAAGCUCCGGAAUACAUCACAUCAAAUUAUGAUUCUGAUGCGAUGAGCAGCUCUUAUGAAUCGUAUGAUGAAGAGGAGGAGGAUGGGAAGGGGAAGAAAACCCGGCACCAGUGGCCCUCCGAGGAGGCCUCCAUGGACCUGGUCAAGGACGCCAAAAUCUGCGCCUUCUUGUUGCGGAAGAAGCGGUUCGGCCAGUGGACCAAGUUGCUCUGCGUCAUCAAAGACACCAAGCUGCUGUGCUAUAAAAGUUCCAAGGACCAGCAGCCUCAGAUGGAACUGCCGCUGCAAGGCUGCAAUAUUACGUACAUCCCGAAAGACAGCAAAAAGAAGAAGCACGAGCUGAAGAUAACUCAGCAGGGCACGGACCCGCUGGUGCUUGCUGUCCAGAGCAAGGAGCAGGCCGAGCAGUGGCUGAAGGUGAUCAAAGAAGCCUAUAGUGGUUGUAGUGGCCCUGUGGAUUCAGAGUGUCCUCCUCCACCGAGCUCCCCAGUGCACAAGGCAGAACUGGAGAAGAAACUGUCUUCAGAGAGACCCAGCUCAGAUGGGGAGGGCGUGGUAGAAAAUGGAAUUACCACAUGUAAUGGAAAGGAGCAAGUGAAGAGGAAGAAAAGUUCCAAAUCCGAGGCCAAGGGCACUGUGUCGAAAGUCACUGGGAAAAAAAUCACCAAGAUCAUCAGUCUGGGAAAGAAGAAGCCAUCCACAGACGAGCAGACCUCGUCGGCUGAGGAAGAUGUUCCCACGUGCGGCUAUCUGAACGUGCUCUCCAACAGCCGCUGGCGGGAGCGCUGGUGCCGAGUGAAGGAUAACAAACUCAUUUUCCACAAGGACAGGACCGACCUGAAGACCCACAUCGUGUCUAUUCCCCUCCGUGGCUGCGAGGUGAUCCCAGGUUUGGAUUCUAAACAUCCCCUGACGUUCCGGCUGCUGCGCAAUGGCCAGGAGGUUGCAGUAUUGGAGGCAUCUUCUUCUGAGGACAUGGGCAGGUGGAUUGGGAUUUUACUCGCAGAGACGGGGUCGUCCACAGACCCGGGGGCCCUGCACUAUGACUACAUCGAUGUGGAGAUGUCUGCCAGUGUCAUUCAGACAGCCAAACAAACCUUCUGUUUCAUGAACAGGCGUGUUAUAUCUGCUAACCCAUAUCUGGGGGGCACCUCCAAUGGCUACGCCCACCCCAGCGGGACGGCGCUUCAUUACGACGAUGUCCCGUGCAUCAACGGCUCGUGGGAACCGGAAGACGGCUUUCCUGCUUCCUGCGGCAGAGGCUUGGGAGAAGAGGUGCUUUAUGAUAACGCAGGCCUGUACGAUAACUUGCCGCCUCCGCAAAUCUUUGCCCGCUACUCUUCUGCUGACAGAAAGGCCUCUAGGCUGUCUGCUGACAAGCUGUCCUCUAACCAUUACAAAUACCCUGCCUCCGCUCAGUCUGUCACUAAUACCUCUUCUGUGGGGAGGGCGUCUCUCGGGCUCAACUCGCAGCUCAAGGGUAAGAAGCCCCCCGUGGCAUCUAAUGGGGUCACAGGAAAAGGGAAGACUCUGAGCAGUCAGCCAAAAAAAGCGGAUCCUGCGGCUGGUGUGAAAAGGACAGCUUCGAAUGCUGCCCAGUACAAGUACGGCAAGAACCGGGUAGAAGCAGAUGCCAAGCGGCUACAGACCAAAGAAGAGGAGCUGCUGAAGAGGAAAGAGGCCCUGCGGAAUAGGCUGGCCCAGCUCCGCAAGGAAAGAAAGGACCUUCGAGCGGCCAUUGAAGUGAACGCAGGCAGGAAGCCACAGGCGAUUCUGGAGGAGAAGCUGAAGCAGCUGGAGGAGGAGUGCCGGCAGAAGGAGGCGGAGCGCGUCAGCCUGGAGCUGGAGCUGACGGAGGUCAAGGAGAGCCUGAAGAAGGCACUGGCGGGCGGAGUCACCCUGGGGCUGGCCAUCGAGCCCAAGUCAGGAACAUCGAAUCCACAGUCUCCAGUGUUCAGGCACCGGACCCUGGAGAACUCGCCUAUCUCCAGCUGUGACACCAGUGACACCGAGGGCCCCGUGCCGGUGAACAGCGCGGCUGUCCUGAAGAAGAGCCAGGUGGCCCCGGGCAGCUCCCCCUGCCGAGGACAUGUGCUGCGGAAGGCCAAGGAAUGGGAAUUGAAGAACGGGACAUAGGGGACAGCAGGACUGCUCCAGCCUCAGAGACUGCACACCCCCUUGCCCGUGUCCUCAUCUGUGUGACGGCAGGAAGCUCUGCCCAGAGUGGCCUCAGCUGCGCGACUCCAGAGGCUUCAUGGCCGAACUCUGAGGCCAGCGCCUCUCACCCAGGCCUACUUGCAUUCCUUCUACUGUAUACUGGCGCCUUUAGAAAAGAUGUAAGACUUUGGUCCCCAACUUUGUUAAAAAACAAAAACAGUGAUGGAAAGGUGUUUGAAAGGAUGCUAUCAGGCAAAGUGACAUCUUUCUGACCAGUUAAGCCAUUGCUUUCACCGAUUCCAGCCCAGCCCUGGACUGAGGAUGGAUGGUUCUGUGAGCCCCCAAGUGAAACCUUUCGACGGGGAAGAGCUUGGAUCCUCGGCUGCCCUGGGCAUGAGUGUGGCUGGCGCGUGGGCACUGGGCUCGCCUCGCACACCACCAGGAGGGCCAGGGGCUUACACAGCCCUGACGUGGACUCUGUGUCUCGGCAUACCCUCCCCACGUGCCCGUCCCCCUUGUCAUCAGAGGUAAAGGCAUGAGAAAAUCACGCUGUGAAACAUUUUUUUGCUUUUUAUUAUUUUUUGGACAGAUGCUUUUGUCACCAAGACAUGAAAAGCUGCCAUUCUUCUUAACCUGUUUUUUAAGAAUCUUUUUUGUUGUGUGUCACACUUAGAUCUAAGGAUUUUUCAGAGGUUCCUUAUUUUAUUAUUUGUGCUACUUUUGACAGGUAGCAGAGGGUUUUAAUACUUCACUAACAGUGUGCCCUCCUCCCCCUUGGGCUGGCAUCCCCAGCCCUUAGUCCACAUCGGAGCCGGCAGGUGCUCCUCCCACCAGGAGCCUCUGGCUGCUUGCCACUGUAGAGGACGUUUACUGCUGCGUGGGGCCAGGGCAGUCCUUUGAAAGGGAAGCAAGUUCUGGAACUUGUUCCCUCAUGGAGCUAUAACACCUUAGAGCACGAGGCAGGAAUUCCAGGGCCUCCUGCCCCUCCCUCUCCCUUCCUCCAGCUUGUCAAGUUAAACCACUAAUGCAUGGUGGGUCUGGCCGUGCUGCCUCUCCUGAGUGGGGUGGGUGCGGGCAGGGCCCCUGUCCCAGCUUUCUUACUUGCCUUCUGUGCAAUACCGCUUGGAGAAUUCAGAUGCCUAAGGCAUAAAGGAAAAAAAGAGUUCGUGGUUUGAGCUGGUAUCUACUCCCUGGGUUUAAAAGUCAGAUUUAACUUCUUGGUCUCCCGGAGGCCACUGUCAGGAAUUCUCUGUUAUGGGAAGAUGCAGGCACUGAUGACAAAAUAAGUCGCCCCUGAAAGCCUCCGCAGGCGGAUUCACGGAGACCAGUCCCAGCAGCGACCGCCCCUUCCCUGAGCAGAGAAUAGAGAGGUGUCACACUUGGUGCAAGCCUUCUGCCCAGUGUCCAGAAUGUCCUUUAUCACGCAGAGGAAGAGACGGCAGGAAAACACUGACAACGAGUUUCCCCCAGACAUGCUAUCAGAGCGCCAGCCACGGGACUGUCCGGUUAGGAUUCAUGUUGAAGGUCGUGGCGCCUGAGGACUGCAGGGGCCACGCUGGAUUACUCGAGCGGAAAAGUGGUCUCCCCUGUAUAAGAAAGUUUUACGAGAACUGGAAGCUGCUGGAGUCCACCUGAAACUUGAAUUGAUCGCAGAGCCAUCUGCCGGGAGUGUGUUGGGUUCCUGAGCCGUCAGCCGGCGUUCCCCCCCGACGCACGUUCCUCCUGGGUAGUCCGUGGAGGCCCAUUACACCAGCAUCCGUGAUGCCAUCUUCCCACUAGGACAUCCAGGCAGGUCGGGCGGGGACGCCACAGUCUCAGGGCCGGUCCGCUGCGUUGCCAUAGAGGAGCCCUCCUUCCGGUGGGGACUUCCCACCAUUGCAGGCAGCUGGGACCAGUUCGUAUCACACAAAAUGCAUUUUCUAUAAAGGGGGAAAAGUUGGCUCCUCCAAAAGUUUUUGCUGCGUUCGGGUCAGGUAGUUUCCCUGGUUGAGGCUCUUGGGCCAUUCUGAUUGGCAGCCUGCUUUGCCGAAGAGAACUGUGCGAGGUUUUGGUGGUUAGGAGGAGAAGCGGGAGAUGGCCAGCCUGAAGUCUCAGUCCUGGCCCAGCACGGGUGGGGGGCAGCGGCCAGCCGGCAGGUGAAGCGCGAGCGGCACACGGUGUGUCCCGCGAGCCUGAGCCGUCACCCGCCAGCUUCCUCACCAGGUAAGGAGGCCCCAGAGCCUUAGCAGGGACUUGCCCAAGGGCACAGCUGAUUGGUGCUCGACUCCCAGCAUGCAUAUUUUGUUUUAAAAACCCAGGUUUGUAAUUCACUGCCACAACCAUAAGCCUUUUAAAGAGGAGGCAAACUUUCACGAAUCCUAUUGUGGUCCAUGGAGCCUUUCAAAAUGGGUGCCCUGGAAGGGGGCCCUGACAUUGGAUUCCCUCGAUGCCAGAUACUCCCUUGAAAUUUCGCAUUUGAUCAGAAAGUUUAAAGCAUUUACUUCAGAAUAAGUUAUUUAUUUGUAUAUGUUCAAUAAAUAGUUUUUAAUUUAUAUCUGUACAUAUUAGACACACACGAGCCAUCUUGCCAGAAUUCUGACAGUGAUCUCAUUUUAUCACCCUCCCAAAACAUGCCCCAGGAACAAGCACCCCUUGCCUCUGUGGCAGCUGCGUGUGUCUGAUUUCAUAAUGAAGCCAGGCUGUGGGGGCAAGAGGCCCGACAGGCAGGGCAGGGUCCCCGGAGAAGCCAGAAUAAGGGGUGCAGAGGCCCGACAGGCAGGCCAGGGUCCCCGGAGAAGCCAGGAUGAGGGGUGCAGAGGCCCAACAGGCAGGCCAUGGCUCCCUCUUCCCAGAAUCUGGGGGGAACUAGGGCAAGGCCCAUCUGUCUGCAAGGCCGGUAGCUCCCUCCCUCGGCUUCCAGAGUCCACAGCCGGUGCAAGGUAACCAGUGUGGGUCUGCUGAGUCACCCCAGGCACCAGACUUGACCCAGGAGCACGGGCCACUGUCCAUGGGGCCUUCCUUGAGACCUUCCCUUGGGGCUGGCAGGUGGCCAUUUACCAGCUGGGUCAGUCCCGUCUUGCCCUCUGUGCCUGUGCCCUGGUGUGGCCAGGCCUAACCUUCCCCUGUAUCUUACUCGUCCCAAAGUCAUUAUUGGCCAUUUCUAAAUAGACAAAGCUACCCUAAAAGGUGGAGAUUUACUCCUUUUGAAAAGUCCGUUUCAAAAAGUAUGUCCUCAGCUCUGGAGGCCACCCCCAGGAAGGAGUUUGAGAUUCAUUAUCAUUAUGGCCACAAUUUGGCGCUUGUGCACGGGAUUCAAAGGGCAGUGUUGAAGCCAGGGUUAGGUAUAGGGUUGUGGGCAAAGCUCCCUUGUUUGUGGCCACCCCUUACCUUUCCAAAGAGGCUGUUAACUCUACUCACCCACUAUUUGGGGGGAUGUAAAUUUUGCCCACAGACUUUGCUACCCAGGUGAGGUGCUCUGUUCAUGCACCAAACUCAUGUCAUUUGACACCAUCCAAGGAUGGGUAGCCUGUCGUGUGGCCGGUGACCCGCACCUAGAGAAAAGGCACCUCAUGCCGCAGGGAAGGGCCGACACCCUGAGCUCACAGGUGGCCCCUGCAGUCAGGUGGAUGUCCAUCCUUGAAACAGCCACUUCUGGGAGCACAGCACUGGAGGUCUCAGGCGUCAGGGUUGCCUGGCAGGGCGCCCUGCAGCUUACAUAAAGGUCGUGGCAAUACUUCAAUGUUAAAUUAUUGCCUUCCUCUUACUAAAAUAAUUUUCUAAUGGGAACGGUAACUUCAAGUUCAUGACAUAGUUUGAAGGAGGAUAAUUCAUUUUUUCCUGGUUGUCACUGUCUUGUCCCCAUGAUGGGCUGGGUUCAUACUGUGAAAUAAACUGAAGUGAAACCAAAACAUUCAUGCCGUAAACACAUGGCACAGCACCGUGGAAAAAGCAAAGCCACCUCUAUUCGUGAGUCCCCAAGCCAUAGCAGGCCACUCCAUCGUCUGUAAAGGGAAGGAAACUGCGCCUGGGAAGUGGUGGGCUUCAGACGCAUCCUUUUGCCCACAGUUCAUGAAAUAGUUCCAGCUUUGGUCUUCCAAAAAAUCUCAACUUCACCGUGCACAAGUGUUACCCAGUCUUUUUAGUGUAGCCAUGGAAGAUACUUUCAAAAGGAGAUCUUCAGAUCAUAAUUCUUAGGGACCAAAGGUGUUUUUAAUGAGAUAAUCUUUUUGAUUUUCUAACAAGAAAGGAAAUAUUCACUUUAAAUUUUAACAUCAACUUUUAAAUGAUACUCAGAAUUAAUUGACCAUGGUGAUAGGUUGUAAAAUGUUUUCAUAUUAAGAAUGUAAUUAUUUCCUUAUUGUAUUUUUUAAAAGCUAAAGUCAUAUUUAAAAUUCUCUGUGAAAGAAACAGGCAAAGAAACAGCAAAGAUUUUUUUUAAAUUAAAUAUGUUGGUAGUGCCCAUUUUAAAUGACUGUAAAUAUAUUUUCACUGUUAUUCAAUGUAUUUAAUUCAUAAAGUAAAAAUUUUAUGAAAAGCAACUUGCAAGGAAAAUCCUAGUUUUCAGUCCACUCGCCCCGUUUUGUAGCAGCUUCACUGAAUUCCCUGCUUUCCUGGUUGAUUUUUCUACUGUUUCACGUGGUGUAACCCUAGACUGGCGCCCUUGGCGUGCACCUUUGUGUAUGAAUAAACUUCUCUCCGCGA